AUGUUACUUAAAUGGUGCAAGAGAACCACCAACACUGAUGGCGUUAUGUCAUUUGUCCAUUGGCCAGAGUUUGAAAAAGGACCAAAUGGAGUGCCUUCCAUUGCCACCACUUCUCAGGAGCUACUUGAGCUCAACACAAUGUUUUCCACAGAAAACUUGAGACAUGGAGGAGGCGGAGGAGAGUUGUUUGACGACGGAGAAGACGAAAGUGCUCCUGAGGUUUUACUGAGCGUCUUGACCCAAAAUGGAGAAGUGGGUCUUUGUUUUUAUGACAGCAAAGAUUCCACUUUACAUUUCAUGACUGAUGCGCCUGACAACCACGAGCUCCAACUAGUGGCAAGAGUUGUUCAGGAACUGAGUCCAAAUGUCUUGGUUACCAGUGCUAAACAAGAGCGCAGCAUGACCCGCUUCUUACAGAAACUCGCUUCAAAUCCGGACUACAAACCAGAAGUGGUCACAUACCCUCAAGUGGACUUUGGUCUGGAUGUGGGCAAGCAAAGGCUCCUGUCUGCCAAUCUGCCCUUCCUUCCUGCCUCCAUCACAGAGAAAGACAAACUGUCCUACCUCUCCUCCUGCAUCUCCUUUGACUCCCCCCUCAUGCUGAGGUCACUAGGGGCUCUGUUAAAAUGUUUGGACAGGAGGCGAGUGGGAGUUGAACUGGAAGAUAGCAGUGUUGGAGUUCCCAUCAUGCAGCUUCUCGCCUACACGCUCAAAGGGAUUGUCAAGAUUGAUUCUGACACAUACAGCGUUUUGCAGAUCUUCAAAUCAGAGCUUCAUCCAUCAGUGUAUAAGUUGCAUUCAGGGGAAAAGGAAGGCCUCAGUUUGUAUGGGGUUUUGAAUCGCUGCAGGUGCAAGUUUGGCUCCAAAUUACUCCGUCGGUGGUUUUUACGCCCGACUCAAGACCUGAAUGUUCUGCAUCGGAGACAGGAAGUAAUACGGUUCUUUACAUCACCUCAAAACUCUGACUGCCUGAGAACGCUGCAGUCCUCACUGCGGAACAUCAAAAACAUCCCUACUCUUUUGCGCCGGAUGUCCCUUUCUCACACCAAAGUCACUGACUGGCAAAGUCUCUAUAAGACGGUGUACAGCGCAGUGUGCAUCAGAGACACUGUCCGACAUUUGCCACAGUGCAUCAAACUCUUCCGUGACAUUUCAGAGGGAUUUUCAGAUGAUUUACAACACAUUGCUUCACUCAUCAGCCGAGUUGUGGAUUUUGAGUCAAGUGCAGCAGAGAACCGCUUUACUGUCAAACCAAAUGUAGAUCCACAGAUAGACGAGAAAAAAAGACAGAUGAUGGGGUUGUCCAACUUUUUAACCGAUGUGGCCAGAAGAGAACUGGAGCACCUGGACCCUCGUAUCCCUUCCUGCUGCGUCAUUUACAUCCCCUUGAUCGGAUUCCUGCUCUCAGUUCCUCGAUUGCCCAGCAUGAUUGACAAAGAGGAUUUUCAAAUUGAAGGACUUGAUUUCAUGUUCCUAUCAGAGGAUCGUCUGCACUUCCGGAGCCAGAGAACUAAAGAAUUAGACGACCUCCUGGGAGACCUGCACUGCGACAUUAGAGACAUGGAGACGGCCAUCAUGACACAUUUGCAGAACGCUGUUUUAGAGAGAAGUGGGUCCCUCUACAAGGUUUUGGAGCUCUCUGCUGAGCUGGACUGUCUGAUGGCAAUGAGCAGUGCUUCUCAAGAGUAUGGCUAUGUUUCACCCAAGAUUGCCAAUCACAGGAAGAUAUCCAUAACAAAUGGACGACACCCGCUGUUAGAGCUGUGUUCUCCAGUGUUUGUGGCCAACUCCUUUGACAGCAAUGACUUCACUGGCAGAGUCAAGAUCAUCACUGGCCCCAACUCGUCUGGAAAAAGCAUUUACCUCAAACAGGUUGGCCUGAUUGUCUUCAUGGCACUUAUUGGCUCAAAUGUGCCUGCUAAAGAGGCAGAGAUUGGUUUGGUGGACGGGAUCUUCACUCGAAUGCAGAGCAGGGAGUCUGUGUCUAUUGGCCUCAGCACCUUCAUGAUAGACCUCAACCAGAUGGCUCAUGCUCUGAACAGCAGCUCUGGGAACUCACUCGUGCUCAUUGAUGAGUUUGGAAAAGGCACGAAUACUGUGGAUGGUCUGUCUUUGCUCGCUGCUUCUGUCUCGUUCUGGCUGAAGAAAGCUCCAGUGGAUGUUCCUCACGUCCUUUUGGCCACAAACUUCCACAGUCUGCUGCAGCUGGGUCUGCUGCCUUUCUCUGACAUGCUCUCACUCUUGACUCUGGAGACGGCUCUGGACGGAGAUGAGUUGGUUUUUCUCUAUCAGCUGAAGGAGGGAAUGUGCAGGUCCAGUUACGCUGCCAACAUUGCCACGUUAGCCGGGCUGCCAGCUCACCUGAUUCAGAGAGGAACAGAGGUGUCUGAACUGUACAGGACUGGCAGGCCCAUAAAACGUGUGGAGAAGGCUUCGUGUGACGAGAAAUCCAACAGGUGUAGAAACAUCGUGGAGAUGUUCCUAAAACUGGAUCUGGACGACACAAGUCUAGAUGUGCAGCGUUUCUUGAAAGAGGAACUCCUGCCCUCUGCUGGAGAAAUGCCGAACUAUCGAGAGCUCUAA